AUGAGAUUCCUUCAGAUUCUUGGCUACGCCACUUUGGCCCUUUCUCUGCCCAGCCCUGCACCGGUUGAGAACAGCUUGGCUGUUACGAACUUGGAGCAGAGAGGCCUUGAAGAGAGUUCAGUUGGUCUGCAGAAGAGAGGUCUCAUUGACGAUACUGUUCAGUCAGUCGUUGCGACUCUCACAACCUCUACCCAGGCAAACAUUGACGCUAUUCAGUCGGCCGUCGCCACCAUCCAGGGCUCCACCGAUGCUCAAGUGAUCGUUGAUGCCACCGCUAUUAUCCGAGCAAACCUCCAAGCUAUCGUACAAGCUCUACAAACCGCUGCUGCCACGAUCCUUACGACUAUCUUCGGCUCCGUCGGUGGCAUUGCUGCCGCGCUUACGGCUCUUACACAGGCCGAGAUUAACAACCUCACUGCCGCGCUGCAAGCUGCGAUCGCACUGCUUCAGAACAUCAGAGCUACGUUGAUCCUCACCCAAAACGUCUCAGCUGCCGUCGCCGCCGCCGUCGCUGCCGAGAUCGCCGCUGUCAGAGCUGCCAUCGCGCCAUUCGUUGGUCCCAUCCAGGUCUUGGUGCAGGCUGUUCUUGGAGCAUCAGUUGUCGCUCAACUGACCGUCACCGGUCUUACACAGGCUAUCAUUGGCCUGAACAACAUCGGUCUGCAGAUCAUCAACUCCCAAUAA